CAGUGAAGGUGCUCUAAUGUGUGAGGGUUUGGAUAUAUGCAAAUGGCAUAGGCCACCAAACUGAACCAUUUCAUUCCGAGAAAAUGUGUUUAUUUUCGAACAGUACACAUCAUUAGAAAAUUGAAGAUCGAAGUUCGGUAAAUUUCCCCAGCUGAAAUAUGUUGUGAUUUAAUUUUAAAUUUGCUGUUUAUUAUAUUUUGAAAAUUCCCUGCACAUGCGUUUCAAACAAUGAAUCACUGUUUCCGUACCACUUACGUUUCGAUGUACCGUUAGUCGCGGAAAGAAUUUGAACUUUAUCGGUGUUACAUCAGCGGAACAUGGAAUCGUUUUACGUGGCUCCGCCUUGAUAUUUUUAUAAAAUUAGUGAUAUUUUAUAAGUUUUCAUAACAGCUGUAGUGGUAUUUUAACAAAAUAUACUAUAUCUGCGUGUGAUAAAGUAUCACCCAAGUGCACAUAUGUGAAAUUACCAUGUCGGAGAUACUAAACCUGGACAUGUUUUUCGAUUCAGAUAAUCUACUUCUGAAUUUCGAUAAAGAUGAUCUAAAACCGAAGAAGAAAGAUAAACAAGAUGUUGAAAAUUUGGAACUGUUUGAUUUGGACUUCUUGAAUUCAAUUCUAAAACCUAACGCUGAUGAAUGCUCACCGUUCGAUCAGUUGCUAUUCCCCAAUGAUAACGAAAUAGUGAAUGAAUCCGGACAUGAAUGCAGUUCUGAUAGUGGUCUAUCUUGUGAACAACAAUUUUCACCUACAAGAACCGAUGAAACUGAAGAUUCUUUAGUGAAUGAUUUCCUGAAUUCCGACGAUGUCCAAGUGACAGAUGUAAAGAUAUUUCCUUUUCAAGAUAAUUCCUCAGAUGAGAGUAUCGUUACAUUGCAUGAGUCGUGUGAUAUAAACGAAGUACAGUUCGACGCAGUCGAAUUUGUCAAAGAAGAGGUUGUGGAAUGUGAAGAAAUUCCAAUUUCAAAUGUUUCUUCUCCGGAUUCAGAUUCAAAUUCUGCCAACGAAAUCUAUGUAAUUACCGAUGAUAAUGAUACAAUGGACGAAAGUACUCAACCGGAAAGCCCUGUUCUUAAGUCUUUUCCCACUUUGCGCGUUGUUAAGUUUAAUGAUCCUGCAUCUCAAACUAGAAUAAUUAAAAGAUUCAAAACUCUAAACCACGCUCAACUACAAGGCAAUCGAGGUAAAAGGAAAUUAUCAGAUGACCUCGUAUCCGAAGAAGGAGCUAGUGACGAUUCUGAUUUCAUAUAUCCUAGGCUUCACCUUACACCUGAAGAACAAAAACUAGCAGCGAAGGAAGGUAUCAAAUUACCAACUCAUUACCCUCUUACAAAGAUAGAAGAACGAGAAUUGAAACGAAUUCGAAGAAAAAUUCGUAACAAGAUUUCUGCUCAGGAUUCUCGUCGUCGUAAGAAAGAAUACGUUGAUGGCUUGGAAGAGAGAGUUAAACGUUGUUCUGAAGAAAAUGCUCAUUUAAUGAAGCGAAUUAAAACGUUACAAAGUCAGAACGUAUCAUUAGCAGCCCAAGUUCGUAAGCUGCAAGCAUCUUUGGCCCGUUGCUCUGGUCAGACAGCUCAACCAAGCACGUGUCUUUUGGUACUUAUCAUGUCACUCGCUCUUGUUUUGGCUCCUACCAUGAGAAAUUCGCCGUUGAAUUCGGAGAACAACGAAGACGAAGGAAUAUCACUAAGCGAAGAUGGCAGUACCACUUCGUUGAAUGCUGGUCAUUCAAGAAACUUACUAUUCUCGCAUAAAGCCCACGAAGGCCAAUGCAAUUUGGAUGAAGAAGCCAAAACUUUGACCGAACAGUUGGAAAACAUGCAACUACCCAAUUCCAACUUAUUGAGCGGUUUGUUGGAUAUGUUAAAAACGAAGAUUGGUAAAGAAAAUACCUUACUAAAGGAUCAUGAUUACUUCCGACCCCGUAAACGGGCUGGCUCCAUUUUGGAGGGCGACGAGUCCCGUUUACCAGCUAAAAUUUCCGCAUCUAAACUCGCCCUUAACGCUGAAAACAUACUAAAUUCCAUCAUCUUGGAAAACACCAAUAAUAAAACAGGACAAUUGAAUACAAAAGAACCAGUCGUUAUUGAUCUGUUGUCAGAAUAAAACUCAUGUUAAAUUUUUUUCAGUUGCAGUAUACCGACAGUUUUGUCAAUUAGGCUGUACACAGCUUUUUGUUGUCCGAUAAUUUUUAAUGACCUUUUUUUUUUCUUUUACAUUUUAGUUAACGAUGCAAUAGUAUUCGGUGACGCCCCGUUCUGUAUAAAUGCUUAUAAAGCGAAUAGCUUUUCUAUUUAUGUUAAGAUUGUUGAAGAUAUUGCAAUAGUACGUGAGUAUUUUGGGUUUUUACUUUCUAAGUUUGUAUAGUAUUCCUUUUCCUUCUCUGUUGUUUUUACAAAACUACCUGUCUUUAGGAUAAGUUAUAUCUAAAUCUAUCAUUACUCAGAAUUCAAGUAAUUGACGCAUUUAAAACCAAAUUAUUUUUCAAGGUGUGGUAUAUAUGGCGAUAUAUACAAUGUGGAAUUUCUUAUAAUGUGAUAAACAGCACAACUAUAAUGCAUACGAAGUAAUUUUACGUUGAAUUGAUAAAAGCUAAGCGUUAUGCAUGUUUCACGACAUAUAGGCCUUGUGCCUGUAGAAUAAAAGUUUGCAUAUAAUGAUACGCUAGUGUUACAGAAUGCUUAAUAUUUCCUAUAUUAAAGCGAAUUAUUUACGACA